UAGUAGACGUGGCCACUUCGUACGUUCCAUCUCACCCCAGUCUUGCUCACUCACACCCAGGUUUCAAUGGUGUGACAGCGGGUUAUCCUUUGAGCCAAGCCGUGGCAGCAGCAACCCACCACUGCGGACCUCAGGACCAAAGUGCAUCGAAUAUGUUGAGCCAUUUCAUGGACACAGCCCACAUGGGCGCUAUCAAACUGUCCCCACCUAAUACAAUGCCGGGAGACCAUUCGGCUCAAAUAAACCACCAAUUCCCUGCCCAGGCGAAUGGCUACGGUGUUCCCCACUCUCACGCUCAUCACCACCACGUCGGUAGUUACGGCGCUCGGGAAUUCUUUAUUCGUCGCGAAAAUAUGCCAACUUUGGGCGGUAGUCUGACAACUCACGACGCCCUCAGUGGCAACGGUCCUCCUCAUCAUGGAAUGUUUGUGCCCUCUUCGGCUACGUUUCACGCUGCCCAUCACACAGGUGACCCAACAUCAACGCAUGUGCUGUUUCCUGGGUUUGAUCACCCGUCAGCACACCGCACGGGGCAUAUGAACGGCCAAGUAAGACUGUCUUUUAAUGGAACUGAUAUGUAUGGUUGCGCUGAUAGUUUCAACCAAAUGGUGGGGUCAAGAACGGAUAAUUUUGCAGGCCCUUACGGCCCUAUAAAUAUGGGACAUAUGAAUAUGGGCCCUCAUGGUCCCGGGGCUUUCUUUAGGUACAUGCGACAUCCAAUCAAACAGGAAAUGACGUGUUUAUGGGUUGAGCCAGAUCAACCAACACCACGUAAGCCAUGCAACAAGACUUUUACAUCGAUGCACGAGAUAGUCACCCAUCUAACAGUGGAGCAUGUGAGGGGACCAGAGUCUACUAAUCACGCCUGCUUUUGGCAGGACUGUUCUCGCAGUGGACGGCCUUUUAAAGCUAAGUACAAACUGGUCAACCACAUACGAGUUCACACGGGUGAGAAGCCUUUCCCUUGUCCUUUCCCCGGCUGUGGGAAAGUAUUCGCGAGAAGCGAAAAUUUAAAAAUCCAUAAAAGAACACACACAGGUGAAAAGCCUUUCAAGUGCCAAUUUGAGGGAUGCGAUAGAAGGUUUGCUAACAGUUCUGACCGUAAAAAACAUUCUCACGUGCAUACCAGUGACAAACCUUACAACUGUAAAAUCCGAGGCUGUGAUAAAAGUUACACUCAUCCGAGUUCCUUGAGGAAGCACAUGAAGGUUCACGGAAAGUCACCGCCUCCACUCGGCACCAUACCUCCGGCUUCCGCUGAUAGCAACACUUCGGGGUCAGGCUACGACAGUGACUCUCCAAGCAACACCACCAGUGGAAAAUGUGCAAGCCGUAAUAGCUUAGUCGGAUCAGGUGGAGGACCCGGGGCCACGGGGCAUACGGUGUUAUCUUUAGGACAUAAUCCCCCACACAAUCUAGGUGGGUGUGGACCUUCAAGUAAUUUGAGUGAAUGGUACGUCUGUCAAUCAGCAGUAGGUAUGUCCACCUCUCCUAGUAUCGAAAACUCGCCACUGUGUGGAGUAGUAACUCACGGACACCACCUCCACACAGCAUCAGCUUACUGACCACCGGUCAUGUCGACCAAAUUAGCUGCUUUUAACAAGUAAAUAGCAUUCCGUUCUAGCCCUUCGUUUUCUAACAAUGUAAAUAGUGCAAGCAAAAAACAAAAAAUUUUGAUAAGUAUUUGGCCAUAAUCACCCUAACACGAAUCUAUCCAGAAAAACAAACUUUGCUCGAUUUAAUUACUUGUAUAGGUGAAAUAUUUAUAGAACUUUGGAUAUCUGUUAAUGUGAACAACAAAUAGGAAUUUCUAAGACAGAUGUACAGCGUAUUGUAUCAUAACGAACAUGUGAAUAGAAUUUUAACAAAGUUCUUCUAUUUUCCUUUGUUUAUUACCGAGGAUUUAUGUGUUGUUUCAAGUGCACGUGUUUUUGAAAAUCCACACACUCGCUCUUUUCACCAACGUUAUAAAUUUUUGUAGAUAAAUUACAGUAAUGUCUGGAACUUACUCGCGACAGUUUUAAUUCCACUUUCCUUGGAGUGCUAUCUUGAGUCGAAAACAGCCACGUAAUUCUCUGCUUGUAUAAACCGUGUGGUCUUCGCUCGUGGAAUGUAAAAGUCGCCAAUGUGUUUAACAGAGAUAAGGAGAGACUGUCUUAACAAUGACUAGCUUAUAAACAAAUCUAAUUUUAUCAAAAUCUACCUAAAGUACAAUUAAAAUAUGUCAAUAACUUUCCAUAGUUAAAACAAUUCAGAUUGACAAAUUGAACGAACUCUGUCAAUUAACAGAUUCUAAGCUGUAGUAAGCCGAUUAACAUAGUUUAUGAGUCCUGCCAAAUUCCAUCCUUAACGGCUAAACAAGUGAAAGCUUAUCUCUUAGUUGGUGAAAACAUCAUUUCAGUAAGUUGAAUUAUGGCUUCGAAGACUAUUCGUUUAUCACUUUUAUACAAAAUUCCUAGCUGUUUUUUUUUCAACUGUUUACUAUAGUAUUGCAAAUGUACAAAAAAAAAGAAAGAAAAAGAAACACCACAAGCUUAGAAAUAUGUUGUCGCUUGCCUUAGUUUUCCAAAUAAAUCUUUUAUAAAAUAUAACUCACAUCAUUAUAUUCCUUGAUUGGUUUAACAAUUCAGUCAAAACCAGUAAUCUUCCUCAUGAAUUACGUACUAUAUUUUUUACACUUUAUACGAUUGCAUUUACAGACCACCG